AAUUAAAAUAUUACCCACACAAUAUUAUGACGUCUUAAAGACACCUUAACAAUUCCAACAUGUAAUUCAUUUACUCACUAGGAAAAAUUUUCUCAAUUUCAACGAAAUAAAUCUGACAAUUUCAAAUAUUUUUAUUGGCUUAUCAUGUUGGUGAUAUCGGAGUUGCCAAACACGUUCUUCGCGUUUCUUCGACCGUGAGCUCUAUUUUAUUUAUUAAGCAUUCCAGGAUGUUGCAAGAACAUUAGUGUUUGCAUCAUUUUAUAUAAAAUAAAAUUUCAAUCGCCCAAAUAGCAAUAUAGCCAACACCUGCGGCUCAAACCCGACCUUCUCCCAGACUGUGUUCCAAAAUCCUACUCGACAGAUGGAGUGGCAUUUGAUUGACCAAUCGGGCCCAAAAUAGCGGAGAUUUCUUUAUCACGAUUGGUUAAUUAACGACACUCCUGCCCGUCCGGUAGGAUUUGGAACGCAGCCCAAAGAGCUGACUUUCACGUGCUUCAGGUUGGUACUGGAAAUUUACUUCUGGUUUCAAAUAUAUAUCCCGGAUAAUGGAAUGUCCCCAUACAGCGCACGGCUGUCACAGGGGACGACGAUGGCAAUAGCGUUCCGCAAGCACCAGCAGUCCCUUUUGUCUAGCGUAUCUCCAGCUGCGAUCUUCUUCGACCUGGACAACACCCUCGUGGAGACCAGGAAGGCCGACAAUCAGACUUGCCGCAAGUUGGCUGAGGAAUUGACGCAAGAAUACGGCAUCCCCGAGGAUGUUUCCGCCAAGAUAACGGCCGUGUUUCUCAAGCAAUUCAGAAAAUGCCCGGACAACGCGACCUGCACACUGGACGCUUGGCGCACGAUCUUGUGGAACAAAGCACUCGGCGACAAGUACUCGCGCUUAGCGAAAAAGGUUUACGAACGAUGGCUGUAUUUAAGAUACCACUACAUGGUGCUGACGCCGAGUACGGUGUCGAUGCUGCGCCAGCUCAGGAAGAAGUAUCUGCUGGGACUGAUCACGAACGGGCCGUCGAACGCGCAAUGGGAGAAAGUGCGCAAACUGUCGCUGGAGCAGUACUUCGAUAUCAUCCUGGUGUCGGGUGAUCUCCCGUGGGAGAAGCCGCACGCGGAGAUAUUCCGAAGAGCCUGCGACUUCCUCAACGUGAGACCCGAGGGGUGCGUCAUGGUCGGCGACAAGCUGGAGACCGAUAUUCUAGGUGGUAUCGAGGCUGGAUUGCGCGGGACCGUGUGGAUACCCACUGCAGACAAGCCUCGUCUCUCGGGAGGCGACCCCAAGCCGGAUUUUACAAUAAGACACGUGACGGAACUCGCGCGCAUAUUAGACAGAGGUCCAAACGCGCCGGAACUCGAAGACUGCUCUUCAAAUGCGUCCGAUGGCAGCUAAUAGGCUGCGCUGGAAGAGCAUAUGACGGAAAUAUUCCCCCUACGCCGUAAGACUCCGACACUUACGAGCGUCUCCAUGUCUAUCCACGAUUUUGGCAUCACGUUCUCCUUCGCGAACGUGCAAUGAAUGCGUUUGUUUUUUUUUUCUACGCAUUCUUUACAGUAGUAUUCAGAUAUAUAGGCAUUUCGAUGUAUUUUUUUUUAGCGUGUUACUGUUUUUUUUUUGUUUUUCCUUUCUUGAGUUUAUCACAGGAUAGCCUGCGGGUUUUUCCGAAUUUUUAUGAAAGGAGAAGCGUGAGAUUACGAUGUGCUCGUGCCAGGUUACGAAGACAGUAGUCUUAUUCGUACGGUGCGAUCGAACGCGACGUAUAACGCAGCUGAAAUACAAAUUUAUAUUUGAUAAUAUAUAUCAACAUUUUAUAGGUGAUAGUUGUGUACGCAUAGUUGUAGCUGACGUCCAAUAGCGUUGCUAUCCAAUGAGAGAUAAUCCUUUAGUUACCUUUGUGAAGCUAAACACUAAACGUACCUCAACGUAUAUCGAGCGAAGAAGACGGAACACAUGUACAAAACUAAGUGCACAAGCAGAGCCAGUAGCCGUAGGUAAACGAACAAAGUAGACUCUAAUAUCGAGACCACACACAUACACACAGCUGUUUUAUCGCUUUGUAUAACUUAAAGCGCGCUGUAACAUACGCAUCGAAAGGGUAACCAUUCUCACGACGGCGAUCGUGACGAACUUCCUGUUGUACAAACAUGUAACUUUGUAUACCGGUACCUGUACUUAGAUAUGUACAGAAUGUUGUAUAUGCGCGAGGUAUGAAUGUACAUGACGUCUAUUUUUUCACUAUAUGUAUAUUUUGUCUGCGAAGGAAGGGAAGAGGGUUUAUCGUAUUGGAAAAUUAUAUGUAGACGAGAGGUCCUACAUAAUGUCACAUAUAUACGUACACGCGUUGUGUCAAGUGAAAAGAAGUACAAUCAAGAUGUAAUAAAAGAAAAACGCACGAACGAAAUCAUCAGAAUGUGUGUGUGUAUAUAUAUA